AUGGCCGACAUCCAGCAAUGGCGCAAGAAGAUCCAACCAAGCAAAGCCCGGACGCCACUGGAGCCAGACGACAUGCCAGAGACCCCAUCGCAGACUGUACCGCCGAAGCGAUGUCUGAAGAAGAAGGUGUCGUCGUACUUUGAUCUGGGCCAAAACACCAAGACCUUGUCAUUCCACGAAGAAGCGCCAACUUCGCUUCUGCCCACCUGGCCGGUCGAUGAGCUGUACCCCGAGCCAAAGGCUGAAGAUGAGAUGGACUCAGUGAUGCGCGUUCUGAUGUCAGAGCCCUAUGCUCGGCUCGACGUUCGCUACAACAGCUCGUUGAUGCGCAUCUUCGAGGCCUACGCUACAUUGAAGGACGAGAAGCUGGAAUUGGAGCAGAAGGUUCAGGAGUCCACGGAUACAAUGCAGUCAGUGAUCAGCGAGCAUAAUAUGGCGCAGAAAGAUUGGGAAGACAAGAAGCAAGAUUACAAGGACGAGAUCAAGCGACUGGAGGUCUUGCUGGCCAAGUCAAGCAAACGUGGUCUCGCGGAGGUCACGUUGGCGAGGCAGGACAGCAAGCUCCGCAGCCACAAGUUGAGCGAUGACGACCACAAGGAGACAAUCUUUGAGUUCCUGGAGAAGACGAACAGACACAGUAGCAGACUGUACGACAAUCAGAGAGCAACAAUGAAGCCCCUGAUCUUCUCACCAUCCGACAAGGAUCGCAAGUGGUCGCAGAAGCUUUCGCAGAAGAAGUCCAUGACCAACAUUCACGCCGAUCUACCUUUCGGCACGCCUCCAGAUGGAGACAUGAGGUUCUCCCUCACACAAGCAUCAUUCCUCGAACAACAAGCAAAACGCAAGAGUCGCCAGUGCGCAGUGACAACAUCAACCACUGAGUCUGACGAUACCUUUUCGUCUUUCGCUUGCGAAGGCGAAACGCUCCCACAAGUCACGGUGAACGGAGAUGGUUUCCACAAACAAGCUGCACACGAUGAAUUCGGAGACAUUGGGCGCCUUGCAGACGCAUUGGCCCAGCGUCGUAACAUCCAUCCCUCCCAGGUCAUGCCAAAGCUCUUGGAGAUUUUCGAUCCACCUCCUGACCAGGAGAUUGGCGUGACUGAGAACGGCCCCAACGCUCUCGGUAUCACGGCACCGCAACCGCAACGCAAUUUGUCGACCAGGAUGGUCUCUGCCGACAAUGCUAUUGUAAAGCGCAAGAGCGUCGUCACAAAAGCUUCCGACCUCUUCCACAAGCUAAGGCCCCAACUCGGUGUCGAGAACGCCAGCAACCUUCGAGGAUUGCAUCGGAGGUUUUCGUUUGAGCCAGGAGAUGACGCCGCAGCUCAGAAGAUGCCUCAAGUCAAUGGUAAUGCUGGAAGCGGUGAGACUCGCAUACUCCGAAAGAGCGUCUCGCUGGAUGUCCUGGGAAAGAUACCGCCAACAACGGCCGUUGUUGAUCCCAUGCUUUCGCCAGUCCCAUCUAGUUCUACAGUCUCUGUCACUCCUGCAGAUGGACGACCACCCUCACGGAUCCCCACUCCAGUAUACAGCUCGGGUUCUCUCGCAAGACCAAGACAGGAACGCGAGGAUUCUGCGUCUUCCUUACUCACUGCAUUUCGUCAACCCGAAAAUACUAGCAAGCGCAGCAACUCUGUGUCGAGCUCCGCCUACAGUAUACCUUCUCCCAAGCCGGAGGAUCCCAACCUCAGCAGGGCUUCGCAGCCCGUCGAGUACGCUCUCGGUACCAAUCUCCGCCUGCUCGACCGCACGAAUUCGUUACGCAGCAGCAGCGCCUCACUUGCAUCACACGCUGUCGCUGGCGGUCCUGAGAACGUGAAUGUCAAUUCGACAGCUGAUCGGAAGCGACCAGGUACUCGCAGCAACCACAGCCACAGCGGUUACUCGGACAAGAGCAAUUCACGGUCUGACAGCUUGCAACCAAUAAAAGAUCCGACGCAGUGA